ACUGUGCAUAUGUUUGAAACCAGAAAAUCCAGUUGCAAUACAGUGGCUGUCAGCGCAGCAAGGUUAUAGUGGUGUACGUACAAUUGACUCUUUCCUUUGACAGCAUCACUGUGUUACAUGUCAUACCACUCGUGCACAGGCUAUCGUUGACACAAAUGCAUUUAGUUGGAACUGUACAGACAAACAUCGACCUGAUUGCAGUAUGGGACGGCUGUAAGGGUGGAUUGUCCAUUACGCGAAAGAUGGAGGAGCAUUCUAUAUAUUCAGGAAUAUUGAUGUUAAGCUUGCUACUAAUCAUAUUGGAACUGGAAGUCAGAGGUGACCAAAACUGUCCAUGGGGCAAAUAUGGAGAUGCUUGUGACAAAAACUGCUCUGAUCACUGUAGGAAAUCACCUGAUCUGGGCAUUAUUCACUGUGACAGGACCAGUGGAAGUUGUUCUGAAGGAUGCAUUCCAGGCUGGUAUGAUGCUAAAUGCAGAAAAGAAUGCAGCAAGAACUGUAUCAACAACACCUGCAAUCACCAAGAUGGAGUGUGUACAUUGGGAUGCAUUGCUGGCAAAAAGGGAACAUUUUGUGAAGUUUCAGAGGAAGAAAACGAACCAAAGGUCACGGAGAGCACAACAGACCCAUGGAAGAAUCCUACACCAGUGUUGAUCACUGUAAUGGUGGUGAUAACCCUCGUGAUUCUAAUCAGUGUAGUGAUUGGAUAUGUUUGUCUACACCAAAAAUGUGCCAGAAGACAAGACCUAAUUGCAGAUGUGGAAAGUGAUGGAUUAAUCACAGGAAAAACGAGGACAAGAAUUGCUGAUACCACAUUCCAUAGGGCCUGCCAAAUUGGAGAUCUGGACCGCGUGAAAGAACUGAUGAGUAAUAAUUCAAUAGAUGUCAAUGCCCAAGAGUCAUAUGGAGUGACACCAGUUAUGUGGGCCGCACAGAAUGGCCACAGUGAGGUCUUUCAAUUCCUUGUGUCUGUGGGAGCUGAUUUGUUACUUUUGGACAGUGACGGAGACAACAUGCUUACCAUGGCUUGUGUUGGGGGACACGUAGACAUAGUGAAGAGUAUUCUCACGAUGUCCUCAGCUCCUAACAUCAAUAGACCAAGGAAAGACGGGAGAACUCCGCUGAUGUGGGCAGCUUUGCAAGGGAAUCUUGAGGUAUUUAACUACCUUACGAGUGAAAACGCUGACUUGUUUUUAAGUGAUAAUGAUGAACAAAACAUCCUUCACUGUGCCUGCCGCGGAGGACACACUGGAAUUGUGAAUGAGGUCAUCUCCAAAACCAGAAUUGAUAUCAACAGUAGUGACAGAUAUGGAAGGACAGCAAUGAUGGUUGCAGCUGAGCACGGACAUAAAGAUGUGUUUGACCUCCUUGUCGAGAAUAGUAGUGACAUAUCUCACACCGAUAAGCGAGGAAAAAACAUACUCCAUGUGGCAUGUCUUGGAGGACAUGUGGACAUGGUGGAAUGUGUCCUCUCAGAGGGCGCUUUUGACAUCAACUGUAGAGAGAAAUAUGGGAUAACUCCACUUAUGUGUGCAGCAUUUAAUGGACACCGGGACGUAUUUGCGUUCCUUAAGGGAAAGAACGCUGAUGCUUCACUACUUAGUCACACGGGGAAAAACAUCCUACAUGUGGCUUGCAUGGGAGGACACCUUGGCAUGGUGCAGCAUAUCCUGUCUAUGGUCACAGUGGAUAUCAACAGUCAAGGACAAGAUGGGAGGACGCCGCUGAUGUUGGCCACACAGAGGGAACAAAGAGCAGUGUUUGACUUACUUGUGCAAAAAGGAGCUGAUCUAUCACAAGUGAAUAAAAAAGGAAACAACGUCCUUCAUCUGGCCAGUAAAAUAGGAAGUAUGGAGAUUGUCCAACAUGUUCUGAGAGAGAAUACUCUUGACAUUAACGCAAAAAACCGUCGUGGUAAGACAGCAGCCAUGAUUGCAAAACAUAAGGGUAAAAAUGCAGUGUAUAAAGUACUGCGAAAAAAGUGCGAAGAGGAAGAAUAGAUUUCCUAUAACAAAUGUAAUAUUUGCGGAUGCAAUUUCCGUGUAUAAAUAGUAUACAUUCUAAUACUUAAUGUCCUUGAUUUGAAACAACACUCUUAGAGAGAGUCAGAAAUAUUUGGCAUAGUGAGUUUGUCGUCUCGCAGCAAAUCAUUACAAAAUAUCUUGGGAGGCUUUCAAGGAAGAAGCCGAUUUCCAAUUACCAGAGGAUCAUUUUAUGCUCGUGUGUAAAAUCUAUCUUCAAUUAAGAAACAAGCAUAUUCCAAAGAAUUUAACAUCUUAUCCAAAUAUCAGUUUGUUUUGCAUACUCAUGUUUACCUCAAAUACUAGUAUUACAUUACUAGAAAAUA